GGAGACGGGGCGCGGUAGGGCCCACUUCUCCCAGGACAAACUCGCGCGCAACCACUCCUUACCGUUAGCUGUCGCAAAGGCCCAGCUUUACGGCAUUGGGAGGGGAGAUGGGCGGAGUCGCCCAAACCCCGCCACCCAACCCGGCGCGGCGGUGGUUUACGGCUCGGGACGGGGCUAUGGCUGCGGCAGCUGAUUGGCUGCGGGGGGGGUCAGUCCCUGCCCAGUGACCCCCAGAGUGAGGAGGGGGGCGGCUCAGUCAGUGCAAAGUGUCCCCACAACGCCCCCGGCUGGGUCUGCGGCUCCCCCCACCCCUGAGCCAGUGCCAGUGGGGGGAGCGGCCGCGGAGUGGCCGCCGGUCCGGUCCCGUCCCCCUCAGGAGGAGACAGGCUCAAGUUGCCUCAGGGGAGACUUGCAAGCUGUGAGUCCAAAGGAGAAGAUACAGACAGUAAGAAAAAGUGAAAGUAGUACUCAAUAUAAAGGUGAUAAUCCAACAUCACUCUUUUAUCUCAUAUUCUGGGCCAUUCCUGCACAUCCACACAACCUUGUCUGGAUGUUUGUGGAACCCUUUCUUGUUGGUUCUACUGACUCAUUUAUGGAUAGCAGCUUGUUUGAAAUGUUAUAUGGGCCCACAAGAUUAUGUACAAUGAGGAGCAUGAAGAGUAGAACACACAUCAAAAACAGCAACAGCUUCCUGUAAGCUGAAUAGUGUGACUGCAUGACGCUUUUGUAAGAAGCAGACUCAGCUAGGAUGUUACACCAUCACUGUCGGAGGAACCCUGAACUACAGGAAGAGUUGCAGAUUCAGGCUGCAGUAGCUGCUGGGGAUGUUCACACUGUGCGCAAGAUGUUGGAACAGGGCUAUUCUCCAAAUGGUCGAGAUGCCAAUGGCUGGACCUUGCUUCAUUUCUCCGCAGCAAGAGGGAAAGAGAGAUGUGUUCGUGUAUUUCUUGAACACGGAGCUGAUCCCACAGUUAAGGACUUAAUCGGAGGCUUCACUGCUCUGCAUUAUGCUGCCAUGCAUGGCCGAGCAAGGAUUGCACGCUUGAUGUUGGAAUCAGAAUAUAGAAGUGACAUUAUCAAUGCAAAAAGCAAUGAUGGUUGGACUCCCCUCCAUGUAGCAGCCCACUAUGGCAGAGACUCAUUUGUCAGACUCCUGCUGGAGUUCAAGGCUGAGGUUGAUCCGCUCAGUGAUAAAGGUACUACACCGCUUCAGUUAGCCAUUAUCCGAGAAAGGUCAAGCUGUGUGAAAAUCCUUCUGGAUCACAAUGCCAACAUCGACAUUCAAAAUGGUUUCCUGUUACGAUACGCUGUGAUCAAAAGCAAUCACUCUUACUGCCGAAUGUUUCUUCAGAGAGGGGCGGAUACAAACUUGGGCCGCUUAGAAGAUGGACAGACACCAUUACACUUGUCUGCUCUUAGAGAUGAUGUGCUUUGUGCACAAAUGUUAUAUAAUUAUGGAGCAGACACUAACACAAGGAACUAUGAAGGACAGACUCCAUUGGCUGUUUCAAUAAGUAUUUCUGGAAGUAGCCGACCUUGUCUGGAUUUCUUACAAGAAGUAACAAGACAGCCCAGAAACUUGCAAGAUCUAUGCCGAAUUAAAAUCCGCCAGUGUAUAGGCCUUCAAAAUCUAAAACUGCUUGAUGAACUACCCAUUGCCAAGGUCAUCAAAGACUAUUUAAAACACAAGUUUGAUGAUAUCUGAUAUCCAUGAAGAAAAGAACUCUGAGCAAGCUUAGUUAUAUUCCAGAUACUUAAAGAGGCUUGUUGCCUUGCACAAAGUAUAUCCUAUGCAAAUUCUGAUUUUUCUGUAAGUCAGAAGGCAGGUAUACACGUCCUUGGGUUUUUUAUACCACAUGCUAGAAGGUCUUAAUUUUUUGGUUUCUUGGUCCAAGUUUACAAGGUCCAAGCUUUCUAUACAAUAUUACAUUUUAAAAAUUUGUUUGUUUUUUUUAAAUGAGGCGUGCAGACUUGCAAUGGAAAUGGAACAUAGCAUAUUCAAAGGAAGUGAUUGGUUCUGAUUGGCAUGCAUAGUAUUGUAAGCCAUCUGAGCGAUUGUUAAACAAAAUGAGUUUUGGAGACUAAGGCACCAGUCCUGCAAAGGGACCCAUGUGGGCAGACCUUUAUGUCCAUACAGUCUCUUUGAUUGAUGGGACUUUGUGUAGAUGUAAAGCUCUGCCCAUGUGUAUCAUUUUGAGAAUCGUAACCAUGGUUUCCUGGGAUAUACUGUACAAAUGCCAUAUGGAAACUUUUUAAAAAUACAGUCACCCUGUUCAAUUUUAAAAUGUAUAAGUUGGCUCUUUUUAUACUGUUCUUUUCCUAAUUACCGUAGUUUGGAUGUCCAUAAAUCCAGGAUCUCUGCUUUCCUGAUAUUCCCCGUAAGUGGGCUAUUGUUUGUAACUAUAUUUUUAACAGUGACAGUACACUGCACAGAGUCAUACAGUCUCUAUUUUUUACAUUAAGUUAAGGGGAAACAAGUUUAGAUUUUGAAGCCAAUGUAUUCUGUUUCUCAUACAGUGCCUCCUGUGCAAUAAUCUUUCUAAUGUAUUUUGUCCAUGAUUGUGUGACUUUUUCACCAUUUCUUACUUAUCCUCAAUGUAUUAUUUGUGAAAAUAGGAACUGCGGCUUUAUUGUAGCAUUGAUACAGCAAUGCUAUAAUGAUGUGUCAGUUGCUGUUACAAUCCCUGAAUUUGUUGAAUGUAUAACUUAGCUGUUUUAUUUCCCUUUGAGAUGAAAUUUCGCAUACAGGUUGUUAGGUCAGAUCUUUCUUUAAAUUGCUAUUAUUUGGCUAAGUAUUUUAAAGGGGUUACAAGUUUUUUCGUUGCGUUCACCUUUUGGUUUUGAUUUGCUUGAAGUUGACUAGGAUGUAGUCUCCAUUGAUAAGUGCACAUAACCCCUAUUAAUUUGAGUGUUCCUUGUGCACUGACAAGAAAAUAGUCCCCUUAGCAUUAGAUUUUACAAACACUAAGUGGGUUCUUCUUAACCUCAAACCGGCGAGUGAUUUCAGUAGUUAAAUUUGACUUUUCUGUUUUCAUCAUAAGCAUUAAUUAGACCUGAUAAAGAGCCUGUUCCUAGUUGUCAAUGGAAAUAGAAGGCCUCAGCACCAAACAGAAAUGGGCCAAAAUGUGCAACCAUUUUACUGUUUUCAUUUUCAAGGGAUUAUAGAGUCCGUAUAAAGUUCUUGUCAAUGUUUUCUACUCCUGCUUUGCCAUUGUAGUGGCUCCAAAAGAGCCUUUAUAAUAGCAGCAGCUCUCUCAUACUAGUGAUCUCAAUGGAAGCUGGGAGAUUGGGGAAACCAUGUUGACUCUUCAUUUUUCACACUGUCCCUUUCAAAAUGUUACAUAAUUUUUUUUUAAAAGGGUGAAAGCAAGGAAAGUAAGUACAUUUAGAUUAACUCCGCUGGUUCAUCCCUAAUUGCUUGAAGCCAGGGAUUUGUAGUUUCCUCAAGCACGAAUCUUAUUGCUAAUGAUGGAUGCACAGGAACCAUGGCAGCAAGGAUUAUCUCACCCUAUUGUGCCUAGCCUUGAACAGGUUUCCGAACAAUGGGUGAUUUUAGAGACUCAGUGGCUCAGAGAAGGGGUAGCGGGAUGUGGAGCUUUUCAUCUCUGACUCACCAAUUCAAAUCAAACCUGCUUCAUCAGUGACCAAUAGUAAAUAUAACAGCAGGUUGUAGGAAGCGAGUUUGUCCACUGUCCACACCAGUCACCUCAGUUGUUGCUAAUGUGGACCCUUAUUGGCAGCCUUAACAAAGAGGUCAGAGAAUAACUGGGCAAGUCAACUCUCCUCUCUAUAUAAGGCUUCCUCCAGGUCAUAGCUGAAGCACAUUGGUGGCAUUAUAGUGUGUGGGGGGGAGGGAGGGAAAGAAAGAGAGAGAGAGAGAGAGAGAGAGAGCUGUUCAGGAGUACCUUUAAUGAAUACUCAAAACACCUUAGGGGCUGAUCUCUUCUGCUUUAAGUUCUGCAGUACCUAGGCAUAAUGAGGCAUAUUAGGGGUGGGAUGGCAGCUCUUAACUCUGAAUCUUCAGUUUUGUUACGUAGAAACAGAACCUUAACAUUCUUUGUUUUUAAAUAUUUAAUAUUGUUCAUCUGCUUUCCUAAGUAACUUGUUUGGUUUUAAACCAUUUCUUCCCCAUCAGUGAAGGUGCAUUUUUACAGGAAUCUUUUCUGAAAUAAUUUAGACUAUAUCUUAGUCAGAAUCCAUAUUAAGAUAAAUUAUUUGUUCUGUCUUGCUGCUGUGACUUCAGAAAAUUAUGAAAAACCUUGCUGGUAAGAAAAAUGUUAUUUAAUGAAGAAGUGUGUCAUUCCAUUAUUUAUUGAGUGAGGUUUGGUAUUUUUAGUAACUGACAUUUAAAGGAAACACUUUUACAUUUUAGGCCAGUGCAAAAACUUUCUUUAAAAAAAAUAAAUAAAUAAAUAAAAAAUUGCAGAAAUCUAAUCCCCUUUAGCAAGGCUAAAUUGUCAAAGGACCUGAUCCAAAUCCCACUGCUGUCAAUGGAAAGACUUCCACUGGGCUUUGGAUCAGGUCUGAGGGCCCCGAUUCAGCAAAGCACUUACGGUCUUACAGAUAAGCUUGUGCUUGAGUAGUCCUCUUGGCCUCAGUGGGACUAUUUAUAUACUUAAACUGUAGCACAUAAUUAAGUUAGUAAAAUACAGGGUUUAUUCAUCAUUCAAGCCUAACUAGAUUUGAAUGUUGUAGAUCUAUUCUGUUGUCACUCUCCUAAAUGGGUAUAAUGCACAAGUAGUUAGAAAACACAAAAGUGAUUUGAUUUUUCCAUAAUCUUUUGAAAUAGAAUCUGGAAAGAUGAGUACAUAAUAUAAAUGUAUUACAUAUCCUAGUUCCAUUCCCUUAAUAUACUUGGUGGUCAUUUUAUUGAACCUUAAAAUAAUAAUAAUAAUAAUAGUAAAAUUGGCAAAUACACCAAAGAAACAGGCAAGCAAAAGAUUCUGAUCAUUAAUAAACUGCAAACCUCAUCCUUUAAAAACAAAGCAGAAAGAUUUUUGUAAAUAUGUGUUUAUAAAUGUACAGCAGAGUAAGAGUGUGUUUUUUAGAUUAUUUAAUUACCUUAUUUCUAAACUAUUUACUACAUUAUAGACAAUACUUGUUAGUUUAAAAAGCUUUUGAGUGUUUUGGUUUUUUAAUUCAUCAUCAGUCAUGCUUGGAAUAACUCUGGCUUCCUUGGGAUAGCGUGGAGAAUUUAGUUUUCUGGCUAUAGUUGGAAAUAACAAGAGAACACAUCUGGACAAAGAGGACUAGUGUGAUUAAUUUGUCAUACAGACACCCUGAAGCAAAAGAGAACGUAUAGUUUGUUUACCAGAGUGGACCAUAUGGAAAUUUUAAAUCUUAACUUCUCAAUAAAGUUGAUCCAGAGCCCAGAAUGUCACUGGGACAAGAGCAAUUUACAAUUUUCCCACAAAUCUAGCUUCCAUGCACCUUUUUGUGUUAUCAGUAUCAUGAUGUACUUGUUCUUCUUUUGUAAUGUAAGUUCUGCUUUGGGUCAGUUUGAAUUUUAAAAAUAUUUAAAUCUGGUUAAAAUCUU